GGGACCCCGGGAGAGCAGGCGGUGCUGUCGCCGCAUUUUCUCUGCGUGCGCGGGGCAUCACGUGCGCGCUACAGAGCGCAGUCCGCAGCCGGGAUAUCCGCCCUACUGGUCCCCGCAGACGCCCCUGCAGCUGCAGCCGGAGCCAGGCACCCCCUGCCCUGCGCGCUCCAGGGUCCUGCGCCGCGGACGGCGUCCCGCCUCCGUGCCUCCUUCGCGGGGCAGGCGCUGGGAGAAGGGACGGGGCCAGAAAUCUGGGCACUGAACUUGGCUCGGGGUGCAGGAUGGACAGCAGGGCCCUGCUGGCCAUCGCUCUGUGGCUCUGCGUGGAGACCCGGGCCGCCACUGUGGGUUUGCCUAAUGUUUCUCUGGAUCCACCCAGACUCAGCACACAAAAAGACAUACUGACAAUCAUGGCCAAUACGACGCUUCAGAUUACUUGCAGAGGACAGAGGGACUUGGACUGGCUUUGGCCCAACAACCAGAGUGGCUCUGAGGAAAGGGUGGAGGUGACUGAGUGCAGCGAUGCCUUCUUCUGUAAGACACUCACAAUUCCGAAAGUGAUGGGAAAUGAUACUGGAGCCUACAAGUGCCUCUACCGGGACGUGGACAUGGCUGCCAUUGUUUACGUCUACGUUCAAGAUUACCGCUCUCCAUUUAUUGCUUCUGUAAGCGACCAACAUGGAGUUGUGUACAUCACUGAAAACAAAAACAAAACUGUGGUGAUUCCAUGUCUUGGGUCCGUUUCAAACCUCAACGUGUCCCUUUGUGCAAGAUAUCCAGAAAAGAGGUUUGUUCCUGAUGGCAACAGAAUUUCCUGGGACAGUCAGGAAGGCUUUUCUAUUCCCAGCUACAUGAUCAGCUAUGCUGGCAUGGUCUUCUGUGAAGCAAAAAUUAACGAUGAAACUUACCAGUCUAUUAUGUACAUAGUGGUGGUUGUAGGUUACAAGAUCUAUGAUGUGGUGUUGAGCCCUCCUCAUGGAGUCGAGCUAGCUGUGGGAGAGAAGCUUGUCUUAAACUGUACGGCUAGAACUGAACUGAAUGUGGGGAUCGACUUCGACUGGGAAUCCCCGUCAUUGAAGCAUCACCAUAAGAAAAUUGUAAACCGGGACCUAAAAACCCAGCCUGGGAAUGAGAUGAAGAAAUUUUUGAGCACCUUAACUAUAGAUGUUGUGGCCCGGAGUGACCAGGGAUGGUAUACCUGUGCAGCAUCCAGUGGAUUGAUGAUCAAGAGGAACAGCACGUUUGUCAGAGUCCAUGAAAAACCUUUUGUUGCUUUUGGUAGUGGCAUGGAAUCUUUGGUGGAAGCCACAGUGGGAGACCGUGUCAGAAUCCCCGUGAAGUACCUUGGCUACCCAACCCCAGAAAUCAAAUGGUAUAAAAAUGGAAGAGCCAUUGAGUCCAAUCACACAAUCAAAGUGGGGCAUGUACUGACAAUUAUGGAAGUAAGUGAAAAAGACGCAGGAAAUUAUACCAUCAUCCUCACCAACCCCAUUUCAAAGGAGAAGCAGAGCCACAUGGUAUCUCUGGCUGUGAACGUCCCACCCCAGAUUGGGGAGACAUCUCUGAUCUCUCCCGUGGACUCCUAUCAAUAUGGCAGCACGCAGACGCUCACGUGUACCAUCUACGCCAUCCCACCCCCGCAUCACGUCCGCUGGUACUGGCAGCUGGAAGAGUGUGCCGACAAGCCCAGCCAAACUGCUUUGACAAAUCCAAGUUCUUGUGAAGAAUGGAGACGUGUGGAGGACUUCCAGGGCGGAAAUAAAAUCGAAGUCAACAAACAUCAGUUUGCCGUAAUCGAAGGAAAAAACAAAACUGUCAGUACUCUUGUUAUCCAAGCUGCAAACGUGUCCGCUUUGUACAAAUGUGAAGCAGUCAACAAAGCUGGAAAAGGAGAGAGAGUUAUCUCCUUCCACGUGACCCGCGGUCCAGAAAUUACCCUGCAGCCUGACGCCCAGCCAACCGAGCAGGAGAGUGUGUCCCUGUGGUGCACCGCAGACAGGACUAUGUUUGAGAACCUCACGUGGUACAAGCUUGGCCCCCAGGCAGUGCCAAUCCACGAGGGAGAAUUGCCCACACCCCUUUGCAAGAACUUGGAUAAUCUUUGGAAACCGACUACCAACAUGUUCUCUAAUCAUACAAAUGACAUUUUGAUCAUGGAGCUUCAGAAUGUGUCCUUGCAGGACCAAGGAGACUACGUCUGCUUUGCUCAAGACAGGAGGACCAAGAAAAGACAUUGCGUGGUCAGGCAGCUCACGGUCCUAGAGCGCAUGGCACCGGCGAUUACAGGCAACCUGGAGAACCAGACCACAAGCAUCGGUGAGACCAUCGACGUUUCCUGCAUCGCGUCAGGCAAUCCUCCGCCACAGAUUACCUGGUUUAAAGAUAACGAGACGCUUGUGGAAGACUCGGGCAUCGUGUUGAAAGAUGGAAACCGGAACCUAACCAUCCGCAGGGUGAGGAAGGAGGACGAGGGCCUUUACACCUGCCAGGCAUGCAGUGCUCUGGGCUGUGCGACUGUGGAGGCGUUUUUCGUGAUAGAAGGAGCCCAGGAAAAGACAAACUUGGAAGUCAUUAUUCUAGCAGGCACAGCGGUGAUUGCCAUGUUCUUCUGGCUCCUUCUUGUCAUCGUCCUACGGACCGUUAAGCGGGCCAAUGGCGGGGAACUGAAGACGGGCUACUUGUCCAUCGUCAUGGACCCCGACGAGCUGCCCCUGGACGAGCGCUGCGAGCGCCUGCCGUACGACGCCAGCAGAUGGGAGUUCCCCAGAGACCGACUGAAACUCGGUAAGCCUCUUGGCAGGGGUGCCUUUGGCCAAGUGAUUGAAGCCGACGCCUUUGGAAUUGACAAGACAGCAACUUGCAAGACAGUGGCUGUCAAAAUGUUGAAAGAAGGGGCGACGCACAGCGAACACCGAGCCCUCAUGUCUGAACUCAAGAUCCUCAUUCACAUCGGCCACCAUCUCAAUGUGGUCAACCUCCUGGGGGCCUGUACCAAGCCAGGAGGGCCACUUAUGGUGAUUGUGGAAUUCUGCAAGUUUGGAAAUUUAUCAACUUACUUAAGGGGCAAGAGAAAUGAAUUCGUUCCCUACAAGACCAAAGGGGCACGAUUCCGUCAAGGGAAAGACUACGUCGGGGAAAUCCCUAUGGAUCUGAAACGCCGCUUAGACAGCAUCACCAGUAGCCAGAGCUCCGCCAGCUCUGGGUUCGUCGAGGAGAAAUCUCUCAGUGAUGUGGAGGAAGAGGAAGCUUCUGAGGAUCUGUACAAGGACUUCCUGACCUUGGAGCAUCUCAUCUGCUACAGCUUCCAGGUGGCUAAGGGCAUGGAGUUCUUGGCAUCGCGCAAGUGUAUCCAUAGGGACCUGGCGGCACGGAAUAUCCUCUUGUCGGAGAAGAACGUGGUUAAAAUCUGUGACUUCGGCUUGGCCCGGGAUAUUUAUAAAGACCCAGAUUAUGUCAGAAAAGGAGAUGCUCGUCUCCCUUUGAAAUGGAUGGCCCCAGAAACAAUUUUUGACAGAGUGUACACAAUUCAGAGUGAUGUGUGGUCUUUCGGUGUUUUGCUCUGGGAAAUAUUUUCCUUAGGUGCUUCUCCAUAUCCUGGAGUAAAGAUUGAUGAGGAAUUUUGUAGGCGAUUGAAAGAAGGAACUAGAAUGAGGGCCCCGGAUUAUACCACACCAGAAAUGUACCAGACCAUGCUUGACUGCUGGCACGGGGAACCCAGCCAGAGACCCACAUUUUCAGAGUUGGUGGAACAUCUGGGAAACCUGUUACAAGCUAAUGCCCAGCAGGAUGGCAAAGACUACAUUGUUCUUCCUAUAUCAGAGACUUUGAGCAUGGAAGAGGAUUCUGGACUCUCUCUGCCUACCUCACCUGUUUCCUGUAUGGAAGAAGAGGAAGUGUGUGACCCCAAAUUCCAUUAUGACAACACAGCAGGCAUCAGUCAGUAUCUGCAGAACAGUAAGCGAAAGAGCCGGCCUGUGAGUGUAAAAACAUUUGAAGAUAUCCCAUUGGAAGAACCAGAAGUAAAAGUAAUCCCAGAUGACAACCAGACGGACAGUGGUAUGGUUCUUGCNNNGGAAGAGCUGAAAACUUUGGAAGACAGAACCAAAUUAGCUCCAUCUUUUAGUGGAAUGCUGCCCAGCAAGAGCAGGGAGUCUGUGGCAUCUGAAGGCUCCAACCAGACGAGUGGCUACCAGUCCGGGUAUCACUCCGACGACACGGACACACCCGUGUGCUCCAGCAAGGAGGCAGAACUCUUAAAGCUGGUGGACAUGGGAGUUCAAGUUGGCAGCGCUGUCCAGAUUCUCCAGCCUGACUCUGGGACUAUGCUGAGCUCUCCUCCUAUUUAAAAGGAGGGACCCGUGUCCUCUACGCCUGGAAAUCACAUGAGAGGUGCUGCUUGGAUUUUCAAGUGUUGUUCUUUCCACCACCAGAAAGUAGCCACAUUUGAUUUUCAUUUGAAAAAAAAGAAAACAACAAAAAACAAAAAAAAGGACCUCAGACUGCAGGGGGCUAGUCCUCUAGGCAUUUCCUGAGAAGAUGCUCCCGACCUAAGAAUGUGUUUGUGUCUUCUCCCAGUGUUGACCUUAUUCUUGGUUUCAUUCAUUUCUGAUGCCCCCUACUGUGGGUUAGAACAAGGAAUGACUGCUCCAUGCUCAAAGAAGAAGCAGUCCCUGGGGAGGUGCAAGAUUUGUAGAGCUGAGUCCAUCCAAGAGGCUUUAUUUAGGCUCUGAGUCCGGAGCCAAGUCUCAAGUGUGGGACGUGGAUUGAUAGAGAGGAAGAUGCUGGCUUGCCCUCCAAGAGUCCCGGAGUCCGCACAUGCAUUGUGUUGGCUCUGGUGGAGGUGGGCAUGUGGUCUGUGAGGAAAUGGAAAGGCUUCACAGUUUAGAAGGUUGCGUGCUCUUCGCGGUCAGGCUAGAGGAGAGUGCCUUGUGCUGUUUCCGACUCCUAAUGAGAGUUCCUUCCGGAGUCUUACGUGUCUCCUGGCCUGGCCCCAGGAAGGAAAUGAUGCAGCCCUGGCUCCCUGUUUCCCAGGCUGAUCCUUUAUUCAGAACACCACAAAGAAGGGACAUUCAGCCCGAGGCUCCCUGUGGUGUUGAAGAGAUCUGACUCUGCAAACCAGCUCUGGUUUCUUCUGGAUGAAUACCCACGUAUCUGUCUGAUGUGAUGCGUCUGAGACCAAAUGCAGUAGGUUCCAUGUCAAGACGUGGUGUCAAAGCUUCCGGACGGGUUUUACCCUUGGUGUUCCUCCCCUUGACCCCAAUCUACUCUCACCCCCAGUCCAUCCAUAUUUUAGUUAUUUGG